GUCGAGCACCAAACAUGGCCAGGACCACUGGAGAUGCGGCUAAGCGGCGGAGGUUCAUCGCUCGCAUCAAGUUCUGGCGAAGAUCACGCGUGGGAAGCGAUGUCACCCUGGGCAUCCUCAAGUACAAAGUGGUCUCUAAGCCAAGUAAACGUUUUCAAUUCGCAAAAAUAAAAUCUUUUCUGCGACGUAUUAGAAGAUCAGAGGAUUACAAGUACAGUGGGUCUUUCCAAGAAGCUAUAAAGCCAGUCCUCAUCAUCGCUCAGAUCUUUGCCCUAAUGCCAGUUCGCGGUGUCAGCUCCAAGUUCGCCGAGGAUUUGGCCUUUGCGUGGUCCAGUGCCCGCACCUACUAUGCCCUGAUCACUAUCGUUUGCUUUGGAGUGGUCUCCGGUUACCUGGUGGUCUUUGUAACAAAUGUGACUUUUAAUUUUGAUUCGGUGGAGACUCUGAUCUUCUACUUGUCCAUAUUUCUCAUCUCGUUGGCGUUUUUACAAUUGGCCAGAAAGUGGCCUGCUGUUGCCCAGGAGUGGCAACUAGUGGAGGCCAAGUUACCACCUCUGAAAUCGGUCAAGGAGCGCCGAGCCCUGUCGCUGCACAUCAAGUGGAUUACAAUUGUGGCUACCACAUGCUCGCUGGUGGAACACAUGAUGAGCAUGCUGAGCAUGGGUUACUACGUCAACUUCUGCCCAAAGAUACCGGGACAUCCAAUCGAUAGUUUUCUGUACUUGAACUUUUCCUCAGUGUUCUACUUUGUGGACUACACUCUCUUCAUUGGACUAUUGGGAAAAGUUAUUAAUAUUUUGAGCACAUUUGCUUGGAAUUUCAACGACAUCUUCGUGAUGGCGGUCAGUGUGGCUCUGGCUGCCCGUUUUCGUCAACUGAAUGAUUAUAUGCAGCGAGAGGCGAGACUACCCACCAGCGUAGACCACUGGAUGCAGUGUCGUGUCAACUUUCGGAAUCUCUGCAAACUCUGCGAAGUGGUGGACGAUGCCAUAUCCACCAUUACCAUGCUGUGCUUCACCAAUAAUUUAUAUUUUAUCUGCGGCAAAAUCUUAAAGAGCAUGCAGACAAAACCUUCGGUGUCGCAUACCCUGUACUUCUGGUUCUCCCUGAUCUAUCUACUUGGCCGCACUUUAAUCCUGUCCCUUUAUAGUUCAAGUAUUAAUGACGAAUCUAAGCGACCUCUGCUCAUAUUCCGUUUGGUGCCGCGGGAAUAUUGGUGCGAUGAGCUCAAGCGCUUUUCGGAGGAGGUGCACUUGGACAAUGUGGCCCUGACAGGCUUAAAAUUCUUUCGUUUGACCCGUGGAGUUGUCAUUUCGGUGGCUGGCACAAUUGUGACCUACGAACUGAUUUUGCUGCAGUUUAACGGUGAGGAGAAGGUGCCCGCCUGCUAUGAGGGCUGAACUCUUUUAGGGGAGUGUUGGCACAAUAGAGGGUUUAGGGUUAAGCCCGCAAAAUAUGUGCUUUC